AGUCAAAAACUAAAGAACGGCAAAUAAAGGAAAGUACAAAAAAAUAUAAUCGCAAGCCAAGCGUAGGACUUCAAAAAUAUAGCAACAAUAAGUCUUCUAACCAACAUGUUAACAAACACAAGAUUAACAAAUUACGCAUAAGCCUUUUUAUAUUUCCUUUUGGUUUUUCCCCCGUCCGUUUCUAGUCGUUGUCUUCUCUAAAAAUGUUCUAGAAAGAACAGAUUUAUGAAGAGCAAUUCUGUUUUCCUCCCUCCGCUCAAAGCGGAAACUAUUCCACUCGUGAAAUACUCUACAUCCGGCGACAUAGAAACACACGCCGUACAACCUGAAAAGAUAACCAACCAUGGCAGCCUGUAGUUCACCCGAUUAAAAAAACGUAGCAGAGUUCGAGUCACGUGUCCUGCUAAACUUCUUUCUAGGAAGUAUCUUGUUCAGUCGUGAUAGCUGAGAUUCUUACAGUGCUCAACUGAAAAUCACCAUGACGGAAAGAAGCACAAGCGAUCCUGAAGACGAAGGACGAACAUGUUAUAUUUGUUAUAACACUGACAUUCAAGGUCAAAAUGGUUGGCUGAAGCCGUGUCGAUGCAGUGGAUCAACCAAAUGGGUUCACAAUACUUGUCUUCAGCGUUGGAUUGAUGGUCAGCAACUGGAAGAUUUGUCAACCAAAGUACGCUGUCCACAGUGCAAUACAGAAUUUACCAUUGUUUAUCCAAGUCCAGGUCGUCUUGUAUAUAUAAUGGACAUGACAGACAAAGUCAUCUAUAAGAUGUGUCCAUUCUUGGCUGGAGGUAUAUUUAUAGGCUCAGUCUAUUGGAUGGCUGUUACAUAUGGGGCUGUUACUGUGAUGCAGGUGUUGGGCCACAAAGAGGGCCUGAAUGUGAUGGAACGGGCUGAUCCAUUAUUUUUAUUGUUUGGAUUACCUGCCAUUCCACUGACCUUGAUCUGUGGAAAAUUGGUCAGGUGGGAGGACUAUGUUUUGCGGCUGUGGCGCAAGCACUCAUCUCGGUUACCUCUUAUUAAUUAUCUUUUCAAAGAUGAGUGCUACCGUGACACAAGCAUGGUUGAAGGCCGUACGGAUCAGACCAACCCAAUGUCAGCUACUCGAGUCAUGUGUGGAGCAUUAAUACUACCUACCAUAGCUACAUCAGUUGGAAAAAUAGCAUUCAGCUCAGUCCAGUCAAACUUCCAGCGUACUCUCCUUGGUGGUGUGGCAUUUAUCAUAAUCAAAGGCUUCCUCAAGAUCUACCUGCGUCAACAGCUUUACAUUCAGCAACUGAGUCGUAUAGUGAAGGACUUUAAUGAAGAUGAUGUAUCACCUAGCUCCAGUGUUUCUCCCAGCAUGGCUACAUCAAUGGCAUCAACAGCAACGUCAGACCAUCAGUGAUUUUCUUUUGAUGUAGUGUGCCACCAUGUCAUUAUUGUCCUAAUUAUUUCUGUUGUCAUUGCAAUUAUUGUCAUUGCAAUUGUUGCAGAAAAGAAAGAUUGGAGGUGGUGGUGUGUUGUGUGUGCGUGUAUGUGUUCAUUGCUGGUGGUGGGAGAUGAAAAGGAGUAGGCGGCAAAAUGAGAAGGUAAUUGGUUGAGAAGAAAAGAGUAAUAUAGUCUCCCUCUGUCCUCUCCAUCAAUUUCAUUCUCUUUCUCAAUGAAAUUUGAUAAACUUCAAUGAAAUUAUCUUUCCUUUUAAUAUAUUUAAAAGGCAGAAAGAAGACUUUUAAAAUAAAGCGAAGAAAAUAGAAAAAAAAAAAGUAAUUAAAAAGGGGAAGAAAAGUAGAAAGAAAGUGAAGAUAUUCAAGUGCACAAAUUUAUUUUUAAUCUUAAUUUCUUUUCCAAAUCUCUCUUUCCUUUUCCUGUCAGCUAUACACAUGAAUGAAUAUGCAAACAUACUUGUGCAUUCAUACACUGGCAUAUAUACACAUACAUCUUUGUGCAUUUCACACAUCUAUUUACAUCAUCACGAAUCAUGCAUUCACAGAUACUUAUGUAUCAACACACUUAUAUAAACAUAACCAAUGUCAUCAAUCUACAUAUGCAAUUACAUACACAAAGACACAUGUACAUAUGUAUAGGCACAGUGUUGCUGCCACUCAUUCAAUUGCCUGUUGCCCUUAACGACCAGCACCAAACAUGUAUAAAGGAUUUUUUCAGAAUGAAUGUAAAAAAAAAAAGGGAAAGCAGAAAUAAGUACAGAAACCCAUUUUUUUUUUUCUUCCAGAAAUGUUUUAUAACAUUUGUCCUUCUCUUAGCUGUUGUUAUUAUUGACUUAGUUGGUUCUAACUGAUCAAAAUUAUAGCAUAGAGAUAACUGAUCAAAUGCUCAUUACAAAUCCACAUGUCCAGCAUCCUGGAGCUGCAAUGCUUUUAUGCCUAUAGGAUGUCUAGUAUGUCAAUAUUGGAUGCAACUUAUCCUGUGAUCAACAUUACAACUGUGGCUAUCUCAUCUUCAGUUUUGUGCCUCAGUGUCUGGAGUUCAGUUUCUGAUUAGUGCUGGUUUUACUUUUUGAAUCAUCACAAUUAGCUCUGAAUGAGCAGAUGUAUGACAUGAAAGACUUGGGUUGAAAAAAACCAUUCAAUGUAUUUCUAGUCGUGGCCAUUUCCUCUUUAUUAUGGGGCAUGUUGUCCUAAGACAAGAUCCAAUAUGUGAUAAUGAGCAAGUUGCUUUGAAUGGAAGAGACUGAAUAUUUCCCAUAUGAUGAUUGGUCUGAAGAGACAGUAAAGAGUAGUUAUAAGACAAGUUUUUUUUUUUUUUUUAAAGCAAAGGGAGACUUGGUGUAAACUGAUCCAGAAGAGGAAGAAAGAACUUGCUCAAUAAUCUUAUAUGAACUUAAAGUUUAUAAAAGCUGACCAUUAUGAAAUGGUGUCAAGAGGAGUUAAUGAUUAUCAUUCAUAAACUGAUGUGAAGUGACAGAAUGAUUGGUCAUUAAUAAAAUUUGCAAAAUGUACAAGGCAAGCUUAGUAAUUCGUAAACUUGUAGAAGGAGAGGUUAUUCGCAAAUUAUAAAAUGUGUGGUGACAUGGGAGGAAGUAUGGUUUAUAACAGAAUUUUACCAUUGAGCUGACAGAGUAAGAAAUUUGAUAUUUUUCUAUGCUAGGUUUGAAUUUUUUUAAAUGCGUUGAUAUUCUGGUUUUUCCAUAAAAUGUCAAGAUUUUUAUUUGUUGCAAAAAUAACAUAAUAGAAACCUUUUGUAUCUCAAAGUAACAGAGUAGUUGGAAAUACUGGAAAGAUUAUACUUGUGUUUAUUUUUUACCAACUGAAAAUGGAUUUGGUGAUAUGAGCUGACCUUGAAAUUAAAUAAACCUCUUACUGUUGGUUAUUUUCAUUUUGAGAGGGAUUUGAUCUUCACACUUUACCAAAAUUGUAAAUUUCUUUUAGCUUAGUUCUCCACCAUGACUGAAUGGUUAAGAAGUUCACAACCAUGGAUUCCUGAGUUCAAUUCCACUGCAUGGCAUCUUGAGCAAAUGUCAUUUUCUAUAACCUUGAGUAAAGUGAAGAUGGGUGGACAGAAACUGCAUAGAAACCCAUCAGUUUGAUUGUACCUGUAAUUGAAAAGGUGCAAUCCUUGUCAUACAGUGUCUUGCCAUUUCUACCUGAGAAGGGUACACUUGUCUGUGAUAUACUUAGCCACUUACAUGUUAUUUCAGAAGCAAGUUAUUCAGCUAAUAGAACAAGUGAAUCUCCACCAUCAAAUCACUCACCUGCUUUACUUCUAGAGAAGCAGACUGAGGAAUGUCUUGUGCUCUACUCAAAGUAAAGGAUAAUAUCAAUAACAAUCCUUUCUACUAUAGGCACAAGGCCUGAAGUUUUGGGGGACGGGGUUUAGUUGAUCACAUUGGGGCCCCAGUGCUUGACUGCUACUUAAUUUAUCAACCCUAAAAGGAUGAGAGGCAAAGUUGACUUGGGCAGAAUUUGAACUUGCAAUGUUAAGAUGGAUGAAAUGUUGCUAAGCAUUUUGUUCAAUAUGAUAAUGGUGCUGCCAGCUUGCCACAUUCACAAUAUCAAUAAUAAUAGCCACCGUAUUACUACAAUUUUUAUGAACACUUAAAAGUUACCAAUGUUCCCUUCACAUAAAUGAGACAAGAAUUGUUUAGUGCUAUGUUUGGAGCGUGUCUUUUUUUUAUAUUUCUUUGCUGCUUUCGCAAAUUCUCAUGGCUCUGUCACCAUCCAAUUCCAUUAUUAUGAACUUGAAUUGGGAGCUUGAGUCACAGUGAAUCUUUCAUUAGCUAAUUACACAACCAUGGACACCACCCAUAUGGAAGCUUUGCAGUUACUCUCGAUAGAUUUUGGUGAUCCUGACCGUUUGAUCUCCUAGGAUUCCUCCGCACAGCACCAAUGUAAAAAGCAUUGCUGGCUUAGUCGAGCUUUUCUGCUACCACUUCACAGUUGCCAUGAUGCAGUCCCAUGACCUUGCCAUAUCUCUGGCAGGAUGGCCAAACAGGUGCUAUGCCUUGCCAAAAGGCAGCCCAUAGCUAUGCAGAGUACAGUCGUCACUCUGUGAGGUAUUUUCAAAUACCCUCAUACUCAUGGUAGCUUUGGGUAUGCUACUACAACCUCACAUUACAAUAUGUAAGAAGUAUUUCAAUAUCUUGUCCUGGGAAUACAGCUAUUACUAAUGAAUUAUUGGAUGUACUAAUAAUCACCACCAUUACUCUUACAUCAGUAAUUGUUCUAUCAGAGAACUGAUCAUCUUGAUUGAAUCACGUCAUCUGCAAUAAAAUAUAGUCAUUACCGUGAGAUAACUGAUAAAAUCACCUGUAUUGAACUAUUUUGUAACUGUGGCUGUCUCUUUAUUGUUGAAAGAUACAGAAAGUUAAGUUAUCAGGUAUCAAGCAACUAACAAGACAACUGGUUGAAGGGGCUGGGAAUUUGUAGCCUGUCACUGGAUUAGCAUUGUACCUAAGGUCAAAACUCAAUACCACAUCCUUGUACUGUAGUUGCAGUUAAUACAGUGAUUUAAUUCACAGUUGCUAGCAAUAGCAGCACAUAUGCUUGCAAUUCAGGGUUUUAUUUUACUUUGUGAGAACAGUUGAUUGCAAUAAAUUAGUAUUCUGUACAGUGA